UAUAAAAGAACAAGCGUUUUUUACUAAUCAACGUCCAGCCUAAACCAUAGAAGCUACAAACGCGAAAUUUGGGCAGUAGCUUUAGGUUAUUACGUAGUGCUCAGAUAAGAAAGGAAUUUUCAAAAUUCGACCACAAAAAGAGGUAAAAAUUGUGGGUAAAAUUUGUAUGAAAAAUAACGAAAAUCUUUACUGUUUACUUGAAACUUGGCACAAAUGCUAUGCAACAAAAAUAAUAAAACUCGUGUUUCAGGAUUUUUAAAAAUUUGAUCUUGAUGGUAGUUAAAUGAGGGUGAAAAGAAAUAUAACCCAUUCAAAAUUUCGUCAACUAAAGAUAUGAGUAGACAACUCAGCUGUAGACAACACCAUUGAUGGUUCGAAACCUGAAUUCAAUUAUUUUGAAUUAAACCUGAUCUAUAGGGUGAUUACUGUGAAACUUUUAUUAAGGUUUUACCCAAACGAAGCUGGGGCGGGCUGCUAGUAUCAAUAUAAAACAAGUCAUUCAUAGACAAUUAAACGUAAAUUGAUUAAUCAAUGUUAAGCGAUUCAAUAAAACUUAACCACAUUUAGGUAGUUAUAUAAUUUAUUGUAACUUAUAAAAGUAUAAUUAUUUCUUCGAAUAAGCGAAGAACGUCACUGAAAAUCAAUGCGAAACCACGCAUGCGCGACCUACUGGCACGUCUCGCUGUCAAGUCGGCCGGCCAAAAUUUGUUAUUAAAUCGAAAACAAAGACAUUCGGUACCUUAAAUAUCAACUCAAACUUUUAUUUUUAAUUAAGUUUUGUAACAGCUUAGUAAGUAGGCUAAAACAUAAAAUAACUUCACAAAACAAAGUAAUUGAUAUUGUUAAGUAAUCGUACUCUUAUGAUCAUCGAACUGAAAGCAUCAUGAGGCGGAGAUUAGACGAGUUUUUCUUUAAACGUAAUUGAAAUGUGGUAAAUACAUCAUCAUAAUGAACGAGACGUUGGGGCGAGGUUACGCCCGCAUCGAGGCGAUCCGUGCGGCGCGCGGGGAGCCGCUGCCUACAGUUCCUGAGCAUCCGCCGCCGCCGAUGCCGCCAGCUGACAAAUAUGACUAUGUCUACAUGACCCUUUUUAUUGCCGGUGCGGCGUUCCUCCUCCCGUAUAACAGUUUCGUGUGUGCCGUGGACUACUUCCAGGCACACUACCCCAACUCCACAAUAAUGUUCGACAUGUCGACGGUGUACAUUGCCUCAGCGUGCGUCGCUGUGGUCAUCAACAACAUGCUUCUCGACUUCUUCACUUACAACGCCAGGAUCACCUUCGGUAUCUUGUUAUCGCUCGGGACGAUGCUAUUCGUGACGGUGUGCAACAUCGGCUGGGACCAGUUCUCGAACAAGGUGUCAUAUAGCGUGAACUUAGUGGCGAUCGCUGUGGUCGCUUUUGGGUGCACUGUACAACAAGCCUCGUACUACGGCUUCGCUGGCUGCCUGCCGCCGCGGUACACGCAAGCUGUUAUGGCUGGGGAAAGCGCCGCCGGUUUCUGGGUAUCCCUAGACCGCAUCAUCACGAAGUACGAGUUCCCGCAGCCACAACGCAGCACGUUCAUGUUCUUCAUCGUCUGCAUCGUGAUCCUGCUGCUGCACUCCGUUCUUCACCACGUGAUGAUGAAGCACCCGUUAGUGCUACAUUACUUGAGACUGACUAUUGAGUCGCGGCAUAGGCGACGGAUUCAGCUCCAUUUGAAUCCUAAUGACGAUGUGACAUUGAUGGAGAGUGAAACAGGUGAGGGCAAUUUCGGCGUGUUGAAAUUGCAAAGCCCAGCUUUAUCCACUAGCCAAGCGGAGACUGAAUCAACUGCAUUCAGUUUCGCGAACCCAGUGUACUCGCCUGAGGCCGCGGCUCCGCUCGCGUCCCCGCCCAGCGCCUCGGAGUCCCCCGCGGCCUCGGCGGCGCUGCGGACUCCCAGACCUUCCUAUAAGGUGGAGGAUGUGGUAUUCGAGUCUCCAGAGAGACCCACGUCUUGGCGGGCGUUUAAGCGCGGAGUGGUGGCGCGCUGGGCGGUGGCGCGCGCCAUCUACCCGUACAUGGUGAGCAUAGGACUGGUGUACUUCACCACGCUGAGCCUGUACCCCGGCAUCGCAGCCGAGGUGCCCUCAUGUCGUCUGCGCGACUGGAUGCCCAUCGUGCUCAUGUGCGCCUUCAACUUGUUCGACUUGUUCGGGAAGAUAGCAGCGGCGUGGCCGUACGAGUGGAGCCGCAGCCAGCUGCUGAUGGCGAGCGGCGUGCGGCUGCUGCUGGUGCCGCUCAUGUUGCUGUGCUGCGCGCCUCGCCACCAGCCGCACAUCGUGCCCGACAUGUAUCCUAUCAUGUUCGUCAUUGUGAUGGGAUUCACAAAUGGAUUGUUUGGUUCAGUUCCUAUGAUUAUGGCGCCAUCGCGCGUUGGGAGAGAAAAUCGAGAAAUAGCAGGAAACAUGAUGACGCUGUCGUACAACGGCGGACUGCUGUCGGGGUCGCUGGUGUCGUACCUGCUGCUGAGCAUGCUGGGCCCGCGCGCGGCCGUGCUGUGUCCCGCCGGUCUCUCCCGCGCUCCGCACACCUUGUAGAUUGUUGCUGGUAGGGCAGCUGUCUGAUCGCUGCUCCGGUUCCUCCGUCUCCCUCCUUCCAAAAAAAUACACGAAUCGAGGGAUAUGUAUUAUAUAUACUUGGUGCAUGUAUACAGGCCAUAAGCCAAAUCCGAUACCUACCGGGGCUGGUGACCAUUAGUCUUUUAUAGCUCCCCCAUUUCAUGAUAGUGUUCUUGUUCUGUUGAAUCUAUACAUAAUUUUGUCCUAUCAUAUUUAUCUAUCCUGUCCUAUCGUGUUUGGUGUUUGCCUGUUCCUUUAUGCCACUUAAUUUUUAUUUGUAAGUAUAAAGAAUAGCUUAACAUAUUUUAACUUUAAAAGAACUUAUUUAUUUAACAUUAUCCUAACGUAAAAUCGUAUAUAAUUAAUUCAGCUAUAAUAGACGUACUAAACGUACCUAAUUUAUGAUAUCAAUAUUUAGGCAAGUAAAAAAUUUACAAUUAGGAUUUGCAUGAUAUCUGAGCUUACAGGGAGCAACAAAUAAUUCCAUACGUACUCCAAUGUUGUCUCGUAUUUUUUAUGAAAAUACUAAUUUUGUUCCUACUAAAGUAUUUUGGGUUCGACGGUUUUACUAAUAAAAUUAAUAAUAUGUUAUGUCGUUUGUAAGAAAACGUCGAAAACGCCUUUGGACAACUCGAACCAGUGGAAAUUAAAAAGACAGUUGAAUCGUGAUAGGGAGACUGAAAGUUAGAAAAUACGAUGAAUGUGAUGUUAUAUUAUGUGGUACACGUAUUUGAUAGUUGUCCAUCUAUAAAACAAGAAUGUUGCUACUGACUGCUAAAUUACUCGAAAAACAUAUUUAUUUAUUUAUUGAGUUUAUACUCAGCGGAACUCGUUGAACGCUCACCUCACAAAAUUCAUUAUUUGCGCGGCCGUGUUUGCAAGGUAGCAAAAUUCUUGAAGGCAAAAGUUCUUCACUAAUUAGGUAUCACAUAUGUUAAGAGACUGCCAGUGGCCCAUUGGGGAAUAAUUUAUUUAAUCGCUGACAAAUUGUGGUAGAUACGUUUUGUAAUAUUUUGUACAUAAUUCAAUGUAAAUAUUCAUUCCUUAAACAUAUCGAUUUUUAUUAAUCAGUGGAAAAAUUACAAUGUUACAAAUAUAUGUAAGGCUUUGAACUGCGGUAACUUGAAUACCUAUUUUAACUUGAAUUUUAGAUCCAAAACAAAUAACUAAUUAACAUAUAACUUAUAUAAACAACAUUUCAUGACUUCAACUUGUUUUUCAAUACAAAAAUGUAACUUUCCUAAAAUUUAUUUCAACCUUUGUCGCGUCAACGUAUAUUUACUACAUUUAUACAUUUUAAUAUAUGUGUAGUUCAUCAUAUUAUAAUAUAUAAAGUAUGUUACAUUUACGCCUAGCAUUCUCCGCAUAGUUUUACAAUUUAGCACAAUGUGUCUGUAUCAAAUCUGUACAUUUACAGUACUUACUUAAAAUGAAUAUAGAAUAAAAAUAUUGAAUUGAA